AUUUUCUUGAUUAUUUAAGGCUAGAUUUCGUCGGCGGAAGAAUAGCAGUAUAAGAAGGUCGGUGCUGCGGUUUACGGUCCUCUUUCCAGCCUCCUGUUCAAGAUGACCAAGAAGAGAAGGAACAACGGACGUGCUAAGAAGGGCCGCGGCCACGUCCAGCCCAUCCGCUGCACCAACUGCGCCCGCUGUGUCCCGAAGGACAAGGCCAUCAAGAAGUUCGUUAUCCGGAACAUCGUGGAGGCUGCGGCCGUCAGAGAUAUCUCCGAGGCCAGUGUCUUUGACUCCUAUGUUUUGCCGAAGUUGUAUGUGAAGCUGCACUACUGUGUAAGCUGUGCUAUUCACAGCAAGGUGGUGAGGAACCGCUCCCGAGAGGCUCGGAAGGACCGUACCCCACCUCCGCGCUUCCGGCCCACUGGUGUCGCACCAAGAGCUCCUCCAAAGCCAAUGUGAUGCUGAUUUUUUCUCGAAGAUCCUGAGCACAUUUACAGGAAACCUUGAGAAUAAAUGACACCUAGACCUUGAA